AUGGUAGUUAAGGUACAUUCGGUUCAAAACUUGGAGAACCAAGAAUCUAAAUUUUUUAGCAAUGGAAAUUUAAAUAAUGAAAAUGUCAAUAAAGAAACCAUAAGAAUAUAUGCAGAUGGUGUUUAUGACCUUUUGCAUUUAGGCCAUAUGAAACAAUUACAACAGGCAAAACAUAUGGAAAAAAGUGUUACCUUAAUUGUAGGUGUGUCAAGCGAUUAUGAAACAAAAAAAUUUAAAGGUCAAAUAGUACAAUCAUUAGAGGAGAGAACUGAAACGUUAAAACAUAUUCGUUGGGUAGAUGAAAUAAUUUCACCAUGCCCAUGGUUAAAUGUCAAUGAAGAUACAAAUGAUGACGUAUAUGCUUGGUUAAAAAAGGCAGGAAAAUUUAGAGCUACACAAAGAACAGAAGGAGUUUCUACAACAGAUUUAAUUGUAAGAAUAUUAAAAAAUUAUGAAGAUUAUAUUGAAAGAUCUCUACAAAGAGGUAUUCACCCUAAUGAAUUAAAUAUAGGUGUGACAAAAGCACAAUCAAUUAAAAUGAAAAAAAAUUUAAUUAGAUGGGGAGAGAAAGUUACUGAUGAAUUAACAAAAGUAACUUUAACAGAUAAACCAUUGGGUACUGAUUUUGAUCAAGGAAUAGAUAUAAUAAGAGAUAAAGUGCAUGGAUUAUUUAAAUUGUGGAGGUAUCACUCAAAAAAGCUUUUAAAAGAUUUUGCAAAAUCUUUCGAUCCUAUGUUUAUUAUGAUUAGAAAAAAAAGCAAAAAGGAUAGUAUUACAAGUAUGUAUUUAUCUGAUUCUAAUUAUUUGUCAAGAAUAAUGAAAGAAGAUUCAAAAAAAAAGAAAUGUUUUAGUAAUUCCUUUAACAGUCUUGAUGAAUAUUAUUAUUCGGCAGAUGAAGAUUAUCAUAGGGUUAAUAAUGUCUAUAAUGUAAUAAGUAAAAUUGCUAAUGAUUCAUAUAAUACAGAAAUUGAUAACUAUGAAACAUGUUUUGAAUUAGAAGCAUGUCUUAAAGAUAAACAGAGAAAAAAAGGAAACCAAUUGAAACUAAUAUCAGAUGAAAUGUUAGAAUUCACUGAUCCAUUGGAUAUAAAAAAUGAGGUUGAAUACAACAGUACAGAUGAUAAAAUGAGUGAAAAAUUACUUAACACAAGUAAAUUAAGCAAAAAAGUAAAUUAUAAAGAGUACCUUAAAACUACAUAUCAAGAUACAAAUGAUGAAAAAGAUCAUAUUUUAGAUAGUAGAAAAAAUAAUGUUGAAAAUAAAAAUAAUAAUAAAGAAAGUAGUAUUAACAAUAAUAAUGACAAAGACGAUUAUAAAAGUUGUGUGGAUGUUUAUAUGGAUAAUAAAUAUAAUCAUAUUAUUUUAAAUAGGAAACAUAGUAAUAGUGGAGAUACAAAAAAAGAUGAACCAUUAGAAGAAAAUAUAUUAAUUAAUAAUUUACAUGAACCCAAUUUUCAAAAUGUCAAAACUGAAGAAUAUGAAAGGAAUUUUAUUGAACCAAAAGAAAUUACAAAAUCAAAGGAUAAUCAAAUUAAAGAAAAAAAGGAAAAUUUUGAUAAAAGAAAAAAAGUUAGAAUUUAUGCUGAUGGUGUAUAUGAUAUGUUACAUUUAGGACAUAUGAAACAAUUGGAACAAGCAAAGAAAAUGUUUGAAAAUACCACUUUAAUUGUAGGUGUUUCAAGUGAUAAUGAAACGAAAAUAUUUAAAGGUCAAAUUGUACAAUCACUUGAGGAGAGAACUGAAACGUUAAAACAUAUUCGUUGGGUAGAUGAAAUAAUUUCACCAUGCCCAUGGGUAAUUACACCUGAGUUUUUAGAAAAACAUAAAAUUGAUUAUGUUGCUCAUGAUGAUAUACCAUAUGCUAAUAAUCAAAAAAAAAAAAAAAAAAAAAAAAAAACCAAGUUAAAUAUGAAUGAAGAUACAAAUGAUGACGUAUAUGCUUGGUUAAAAAAGGCAGGAAAAUUUAGAGCUACACAAAGAACAGAAGGAGUUUCUACAACAGAUUUAAUUGUAAGAAUAUUAAAAAAUUAUGAAGAUUAUAUUGAAAGAUCUCUACAAAGAGGUAUUCACCCUAAUGAAUUAAAUAUAGGUGUAACAAAAGCACAAUCAAUUAAAAUGAAAAAAAAUUUAAUUAGAUGGGGUGAGAAAGUUACUGAUGAAUUAACAAAAGUAACUUUAACAGAUAAACCACUUGGUACUGAUUUUGAUCAAGGAAUAGAAAAUCUUCAAGUAAAAUUUAAAGAACUUUUUAAAAUAUGGAAAAAUGCAUCCAACAAAUUAAUAAAAGAUUUUACUAGAAAAUUCGAUGCAACAUCUAAUUUGUCUUCCUUGCAAAGAUCUUUAGAUAAUGAAGGCGAGUAUUACGAUUUUAUUAGUAGCAAUUGUGAUGAAGAGACAAGUAGUUAA